UUGCUACUAAUCAAUUUGUAGAAAACUUAUUGUUCAAAUGCAUUGCUGUGUGCGGACGUACCGACUUGUUUUUUGGCACAGUACCAACAGGUUGAUGUUAUUAUGGAUGGAAACGACGUGGAUAUGGCAGCAGAGGACAUGGAGUAUGAUGAGCAUAACUUGUCUAAUAUAAAGGACUUCACCAAAAGGGUAGUACAGAGGUGGUCAGAACGCUUCAAGAAGGGCUGUCUGACGACAGUCCAUUUUGAAGAGCUGUGGCGCCAUUGGGUGCCAAAGAUCUACAGCCCAACUGUCAAUGAAAGCUGUUUGAAUUGGAAUUUUAAUGAAGAGUUAGCCCAGGAGGUGCUAUUCAAUACUCUUGAUGAGUUUAUAUGUAAUGGAGAUCCGAGUGUGGUGCUUAAGCAACUUUGUGAGAUGGACAGAGCACCAUCAGUAUGCGGAAGAGUUUUUAAAUACGGCGAGCCGACCUACUCCUGUCGAGAAUGUGGCAUGGACCGCACAUGCGUAUUGUGCGUGGAGUGCUUCAAGAACUCCGAGCACCGUAAUCACAAAUACAAAAUGGGUACUUCCGGAGGUGGGGGGUGUUGCGAUUGCGGAGAUGUGGAGGCAUGGAAGAAGGCGCCCUUUUGCAAAAUCCACAUAGCAGGCGUGCAGGAACAAGAGCAGAACAAGGGGUUGCCAGAGGAGUUGCAGGAGAAGACCAGGAUUGUGUUUGAUGCUGUGCUGUGGUAUGCUUACAGAUUACUCAGUACAGAACAAAUAGCCGACAUUCGGCUAGGUGGAACAUCUGACAACUUUUUUGACAUUGACACGUAUUGUACAAUUUUAUAUAAUGACGAGAUUCACACGUUUGAGCAAGUUAUCAACACACUGACCAGAGUACUAAAAUGCAAUGCUAGGACUUCAACAGAAUACGUCACGAAUAUAGACAGGGAAGGUAGAGCGAUAGUGAAAUGUUCCAGUUUUCAGCACUGUUCAGAUUUAAAGGCGGAGAUCGAAAGGUACACAUCACGGCAUGGGAACAAACCGCUCAAGGUGUUAGUAAAUCAUGCGCAUGUCAUAGCUCAUCAGAUAUACGCAUCCAAAUUGUUGAAUUGGUUGGAGAAGUUUUUGGGCAAUGGGGAAGGCUUCAGGAAGAUAUUCGCAGAAGUGGCGCUGAAACCCCAACCACUAGAACCAUGUAUAAUUAAAGGAAUCAUGCAGAGAGACUCAACAUUGUGGAAAAGCGCCAGAUCUCAGUGGCAACGUCUACUCAUUUCUGGUAUGCUCUUGGAGUACGAUAACAAGAAAGCGCUAGCAAAGAUCUUCACGAAGAACUACGGCCAAAUAAUGAAGGACUUCAUCAAGGACGAUCACGACCACUCAUACUCAAUCUCCUCCCUAGCAGUUCAACUGUUCACAGUACCAACGCUGGCCCAUCACCUGAUUGCUGAGGAUGACGUUUUAUUCAUCCUACUUAACACCCUCAUAUCAGAAUGUUCGCGCAAGUGCAACAAGGCGGGAAAGUUGGAGUUCGAAAGGAGCCCGUCUACGCAGAGCUUCAAAAGGGCGUUGUACAUGCUGUACGACUUGAGGUACCUGCUCAGCGCCGUACCGGAUAAAUGGGCUAACGAUUUAAGGAGUACUUUCCUGCAUGGGCUGUCGUCGAUGCUCAGCCUUCUCACCAUGAUGCAGGGUAUGGACUCUGUAACCCGUCAAGUAGGUCAGCACAUGGAAUACGAACCGGAGUGGGAAUCCGGCUUUAACCUUCACGUCAAAUUAGCCUACUGCAUCUCGCUGGCAAUCGAAUGGUGCGGUAGUGACAAAGUGGUACUGGUGAAAGCGUACCGUUCGGUCUUGAAGAAGCUGGAAGGGAACCCGUGCUACGAUCCCAACGAAGCCGGUGAAGUGAGAGAGUUAGCAGACCAUGUGACAGCUUGUCUUCCGUAUGACGUAUCGACGAAGCCGGUAUCGGUGCAUCUGCCGUUGACUAGGUUCCUUGCUGCCUUGCAUCUGUACCUGGAAAAGUAUGGGUUGCAUUUUGAUAGUCCCGAAUUUCAGGUACCGAAACCGACCCCAGUCCAAAUAAUGGAACCAGUGCUGCGGGCUCAGGUGAUGAUCGCCCAGGUCCAUGCGGGCAUGUGGCGUAGAAACGGCUACGCCCUCCUCAACACUCUCUUUUUCUACCAUAACGUGAAAUGCAGAACGGAGAUGUUAGAUCGUGACAUCACUGCCCUGCAAAUCGCCGCCUCGCUGAUAGAAAGCAACGAGUUCCUCAUUCACGUGUUGAACAAGUUCAAUCUGAUCAAUUGGGCAAUGGCUGAUUUCGAGGCUAAUAGUCUCAAGAAUCCGGAGGAGGAUAGCAUCAGGCAGACGAUCAACUUGGUGGAGGAAUUGCUGCAUCUUUUAAAUGCUGUUAUUGGCGAAAGAUGUAUGCCCGGUAUCAGUAAUGUGACAGUGGAGGAUAAGAUCAGAAAAGAGAUCAUUCAACAUCUAUGCAUCAAGCCUCUGCCUCAUUCUGAACUGAUCAAGACGAUACCCGAUGAUCUGACUUCACGGCAGGUUGCAGUAGAUGAGGUUAUUCAAGAACUUGCCGUCUUCAAGAAACCGACAUACGGCUCCGGCAAAGGCGUAUAUGAAUUGAAGGAACAGUAUUAUGAUGACUUCAACGUAUUCUUCUACCAUUACACUCGAGAGGAACUGUCCAAGGCUGAAGAGACGCAGAGACUAAGACGGAAAACUAAAGGCGAGAUAGAAUGUUGCCCACCACCUAAAUUGCCCAAGCUGAACGAGUCUUUUACCAUGUUGGUGAACCUGUUGCAGUGCGACGUAAUGCUACAUAUCAUGCAGACGGUGCUCGAGAGAUGUACAAAUCUAAGGGCGAGAAGCUUCUCUGAACCGCAGCUGCAUAAGGUCUUGCACCUCAUCGGUUACGCGUUAUGGGAAGAGGAGUCAGGCCACUAUCCGUUCUUUAAAUUUAUCGAGAAUUCGUCGAAGUUCAAGAUCUUUCAGUUAAUGGAGGAGUUGUUGGAAAGCCCAAGGGUUGAUUCUCACAAAGGACUACUCAGGUGGACAUACAACAAAUACAAACAAGUAGCAAAUAAAAAAGACGAUAGCGUCCCAAUGGAAGAAAAGGAACCUUCAACCUCUGAAUCUACUGACGUAGAUAAAGCGAGGAGAGCGAAAUUGGCUGCUGAAAAGAGAGCGAAGAUCAUGGCUCAAAUGUUGGCGAUGCAGAACAAUUUCAUCAAGGAGAACGCAAGUUUGUUCGAGGAAACAAUCACGGAACGGAAGCACAAGAUUUCGGAGGUCGAAACGAUGGAUGUAAUGGAGCCUCCUGAAGAACAACCAAUAGCAUUAGGCUCCAAGCAAUCCACCCGCAUCACAAACGAACAGACCUUUACCUGCAUCCUAUGUCAAGAGGAAGAAAAGGUGACGGCGGACGGUCCCACAUUGGUUAUGGCCGCGUUCGUCCAACAAGCGACCAUUCUGUGCCAGAAUAGAAGCCACGAAUCGCUUAUGGACAUCGCCAAACACGACCCUCUCUACUUGCACGCAAACCUGGGCCCAGCGCCGCAUACGAGCACGUGCGGUCACGUGAUGCACGCAGAGUGCUGGCGAAAGUACUUCGAGAAUAUUAUGGUCAGGGAGCAUCGUAGGCCGUACAGGUUGAGACAUCCGGCUAGUUUUGACGUGGAUAAACAGGAAUUCCUGUGCCCCUUGUGCGAAUGUCUCAGCAACACCGUCCUACCGCUGGUUCCAGCAUUAGGAGUGCUCCAGUCCACAGUACCUAACAGCAACUUGAGCUUUAUUGAGUGGCUAUUCUGCGUCAACACAAUACUCGAGAAGAAACAAAAGACGUGUCACGGCAUAUUCAAGUGCGACGCUUCGGAGGAGUGCACGAAUAUACACUGCAAUGCCUGCACGUACGCUAAAGGCACUAGUAUUGAUCACAAUGAGAAUAUUAAGUGUGAAGUUAACUGUAUGCUGCAACCGCACCAGGUCUUCUACUCCUACGAGAUUAAUAACGAACUACCGGAAGCGUUCACCCAGCUGUUCCCGAAAGAGCACCCGAAGCUCAAUGACAGCCACAAAGAGAUGAUCCAAGUAUUCGCGCAGGUUUGUUACACGAGAGGCCUGAACGUCAACCCUCAUCCUUCUGACAAGCGCUUAGUGCUGAUGUGCUGGAAAUCACUCGCCUACACAAUCCACUCCAUAGAAGUAUUGCUUAGAGAUUCUUGCAAAGCGCUGCUAGGCAACCUGUCCAGCAGGCAAAGAGACUCUAUAGAAAACCUAGUGAAGAUUAAUGGAGUGAUGGGAAGUACGUUGUCGCAGAGUGUGUUUAUAAACAGUCACGCAGUUAACCUACUCUCUAUUUUAUUCGAACAUUCAGACGAUGGUCCCUCGAUUCUCCAAUGGGACUCUUUAGGAUACCUCGUUAGUCUUACGUUUUCGCUGCCUAGUCUUUCUUGUAAAUAUACGCCUAUUCCCGUACCUACAGGAAGUACCUUAGAUAUACACGUGUUUAGAACGAUAUUCAUCUGUCACAUAACAAAGAUAUUGGUCAUGAUGGAUCCAAAUAGAUUCGAUAGCUCGAUGGAUACAGAUAGCACUGAAAGUCAGUUCCAUCCUGAAUUAGAAGAAUUGUUGAAGAUAAUGGGCAAGUACAAAGCUAGUAUCAACACGCAAGCUGUUUGGGAAUACGUAGAAGAAGCAUCUUCAGUAUUUUUAAGAAAAUAUGUUGAGGCUUUGAAAAGAGCCGUUCUUUGUGUCCAUAUUAGGCGACAUUUACAGAUGUUCGAAGAAACAAUGAGAAAUCCUUUUUUGCAUACCGGAAGAAUUACUUAACA